ACGCCUCCUGAUUGCCUCCUCAGGUGAACAGUUUCCUCGGAGGUCCAGGUGAGCUGACGAAGACAGGUGAGCCCAUUAUCGGACGGAAGUUGUCAAGCGCUUCUCCUCCUCCACCUGUCCUCCCUCCAUCACAGCCUGCAUCCUCUGAGCGGAUGAGUGAAAUCUGCGACUUCACCCCCACCACAAGGACCCCAUGUCUUUCUUGGACUGUUCCUGCAUAUCCCACGCUCAGGUCCAGCCCAUGGACAUAGAGGAACAUUAUGAAGACCUCAGCCACCAGUUUCUGAGCUGUGACAGUUCUGAAUACACUCUACAAGGGCCAGCCGGUGGUGAUGACAUCACAGGGCUGUCAACCGAGUCAGCCCACUACCAGCUACUGGCUGAGCUGGGGAGGGGCUUCAAUAACCUGAGCCAGGUGAACAUGGCACGCCACAUCCCCACAGGCCAGCUGGUGGCCGCCAAACAAACCAACCUGGACGAGUGCACAGAAGAGGAGCUGCUGCAGCUCAUGAACGAGGUUCUGCUCACUCGGCUCUUCCGCCACCCGAACCUGCUGACGUCUUGCCUGGUCUUUAGCUCCUGCUGCCAGCUCUGGGUCCUCACGCCGCUCAUGGCUUACGGUUCUGCAGAUGCCUUACUGAGAACGUAUUUCCCAGAUGGGAUGAGUGAAUCCCUGAUAGCGUACUUGCUGCACGGCGUUUUGAAAGCGUUGAAAUACUUGCACUGGAUGGGCUACGUUCACCGGGGGGUAAAGGCCAGUCACAUCCUGCUGUCAGGGGAGGGGCAGGUCUACCUGUCAGGACUUCACAGUGUUUACAGUAUGAUGCGUGAUGGGAAGAGGCUGAGGGCCGUGUUCGACAUGCCCCACCACAGCCCGGCGCUGCUGCCGUGGCUCAGCCCCGAACUUCUGCGGCAGGACCUGCACGGUUAUGGAGUGAAGUCAGACAUCUACAGCCUGGGGAUCGUAGCCUGUGAGCUGGUCAGUGGCAGGGUGCCCUUCCAGGACAUGCCACCCACUCAGAUGUUGCUGCAGAAGCUGCGCGGCUCCCACUGCUGCCUGCUGGACGUGGCUCCCUUCCCGCUAGGAGAGCUGGGCGGUCUGAAAGUGUCGCGGUCCGGCGUGGACUCCGGCAUCGGGGAGAGCGUGGCGGCGAGCAGUCUGACGCACAGCGCCGUGGUGCCCCCCUCUGACCGACCUCAGAGCCCCGGACCUAAAAACCACUCGGCCACGCUGCACAACCUGGUGCAGCUGUGUCUGCAGCAGCAGCCUGAGCGCAGACCGUCGGCAUCUGAACUGCUGAGCCACGCCUUCUUCAAGCAGGUGAAGAGGCACACCAGAGACUCCUUCCUCAGCCUCGUGUACCCAGCAGUGCCGCUCUCAAGUCCCAAGGACCCCCACGUAUCGAGUCCACCGUGUCACUCUCCGUCAUCAGUCGGCACCGACGCAGCAGAGGUCGCGUGGGACUUCUAA